AUGAAGUUCUCAAUUAAUUUCGAGUGUUGGUACCAAAUAAAAGCAAUGACAAUUAGAAAUAUGCUCAUUAAACGGAGGGAAUUCAAGAAAACAUUGUCUGAAAUCGCUAUUCCGGUGUACACGUUAGGGCUUUUAGUUGCGAUAAAAUUGUUGAUACCCAACCCUCAUUUUCCUCCAGUGACAGUACCUCAAGAAUCUCCUGAUAUGUAUAAUUAUUUAUAUGGAAAUAUAACUGUAGCACCAUCAACUAAGCAAGUACAGAUUUUUUUAGAAAAAAUGAAUGAAAUUUGGAUGAGACGAGAUGGAGAGAAAAUUAAUUUUAGUAUUUAUCAAAACAAAGAAGAUAUAUUUGAAAUACAAAGAAAUAAUCCAGAAAUGGUUUACAUAGCCUUAUUAUUCGAUGACGAUCCUAUUAAAAAUGAAUCGAUAAGUUAUAAGAUUCGUACCAAUCCGUUUUACGAUUCAUCACCAUUACCAUCUAAACUUUAUGGAUCCAGCCAUCAAUGUCGAAAAGUAUCAGUUAAUAAAUUAACGAAAAAGUUUCUCCAUAGACAUCACCAUAAUAACAAUCUACACAAUGAAGAAAUAUCAUGUCCAGCAAUUCAUUACAUAUACUCAGGAUUUAUAGCCCUUCAGACUCUAGUUGAUAUUACUAAGAUUUCUCUGGUCACUAAUACAUCUGUAACAUUACCAGAUUACAGUUUUGUACUUUUUCCUAAACCAGCGUAUACAGCAAAUUGGUUAAUGGUAUUUCAUAUGGUUAUACCUCUUUAUGUAGUGAUUGCUUUAUCACAAUUUAUUACAUAUCUUUUAGUACAGUUAGUUGGUGAGAAAGAAAGAAAGAUAAAAGAAGGUAUGAAAAUAAUGGGUCUUAGAGAAAUGGUCUUUUGGUGUUCAUGGUUCAACAUAUACGCAGCUUAUGCAAUAGUACUGUCAUUAGCCAGUACUGUAAUAUUAUACUUACUUGGAGUUUUCAAUAACACUAACUGGGUAUUAAUAUUUUUAUUAGUGUUUUUGUACUCAAUUACAGUUAUUUUCUUCAGUUUUAUGAUUUCUCCAUUCUUCGACAAAUCACGAACAGCUGGAAUACUGGGAAAUUUUGUACUGAAUUUGAUAAGCUUAAUGUAUUUUUUGCAUACUUUUAUCGACCCGUCAAGUAAAAAACUAUUAUGGCUAGUAUCUUUAUUAAGUCCAUCUGGUUUUGCUUUAGCUAUUGAUAAAGCUAUGCAAAUGGACUUGUCGGGCGAAGGCCUUCAUUUUAGUAAUAUUUGGGAUGGUCCAGGAAUGUCAUUUGGCGAAAGUUUAGUAAUCAUGGCAUUUGAUACGCUUGUCUACGUGAUUCUAGCAUAUUAUUUUGACAUGAUUUUUUCAAGCCAAUAUGAACGAAAUCGAUCUCCUUGGGUUUGUCUCAAGUCUUCAUUUUGGUGUACUAAAGUUCCAGAAUCAAUAGAAUUUGAUGAGAUCGAUAGAUAUUCCGUCUCAAAUCCUGACUUAGAACCUGUACCGGAUUGUAUGAAAGAAUUUAAGGCAAUUCAAAUAACAAACCUCUGCAAGUCUUUCAAAGGAUCAACACAAAAUGUUAUAAAUGGUAUAAAUAUGACAAUAUACGAAGGAGAAAUAACUGCCAUCUUAGGGCACAAUGGUGCUGGGAAAACAACGUUAUUUAAUAUACUAACCGGACUUACUGGACCAACAUCAGGCACAAUAAAAGUAUUUGGUUAUGAUGUUAGAAAUCCAUCUGAUGUGACUAAAAUCAGAAGAAUGAUUGGGGUUUGUCCGCAAUAUGAUAUAUUGUUCGAACGGCUUACUCCAAGAGAACAUCUUAAAUUCUUUGCUGCUCUUAGAGGACUAACAUCAGAAAAAAUUGAUGACGAAGUUCAAAGAAUGCUUUUAGAACUUUAUUUAACAGAUAAAGCGGAUAAUAUAGCAAAAACUUUAAGUGGAGGACAGAAAAGAAAGUUAUCGGUUGGUAUUGCAGUAAUUGGAAAUCCAAAAAUCAUAAUACUCGAUGAACCUACUGCAGGUGUUGAUCCACCAGCAAGAAGACAUUUAUGGUCACUUCUUCAAAAGAGAAGAAAAGGAAAGGUAAUACUGUUAACAACCCAUUUUAUGGACGAAGCUGACAUCUUAGCUGAUCGUAUAGCUGUGAUAUCAAAAGGUUGUGUAAGAUGUUGUGGUUCAUCUAUAUUCCUCAAAAACAAAUUUGGCAUUGGAUAUCAUUUAACAUUAAUUCUUAAUAACCAAGCAAAAGAAAAUUCCAUAGUAAAAAUGAUUAAAGAACACGUACCAAAUGCAGAACGAGCAAGACGCCAUGGAUAUGAAUUAUCUUUUGUACUACCAUAUGACAGUGUGAGUAAAUUCCCACCUCUGUUUGGACAAAUUGAAACAGAAAUUAAAUCUGCAACUAACGACUUGGGUAUUCAAAACUAUGGUGUAUCAAUGACUACGUUAGAAGAAGUAUUUUUGUAUCUUGAACAAGGCCAACAUGAUAAUGCUGAGAAGUUAGCAAUUGAACUAUUAAAAGGACAGUCGGUAACAAAUUGUAAUAGAGGAUCAAUUGAUACAAUACAUAAUGUCACCGUUAGAUCAAGCAUCAUAUACAAUCCAACUAAUUGCAGUACAAUAAUUGCUCUUUUAAAAAUGCGAAGCAUGCGAGUAUUACGAGAUGUUCACAAGCUUUAUGUUAUGAUAUUAUUACCUGUCGUAUUUUUAGCCACUGGAAUUAUCUUGAACAAAUUAAGUCAUGAAAUUCAGCCAAUACGAAGCAUUACUUUAAAUAAUGAUGUCUAUAAAGAAGAAAGUCGACUAGUCGUAACUUCUGAAGAAUUAUCAAAUUAUUCAACAAUGGAUUCAGAUAUUUACAAUGGCACAUUUUCUGGAUUAUUAGAUUUGUCUUCUCAUCUAGGAGUCCUGCGAGAGCGGCACACACAUAAUACGACUUAUUCAUCAAUAUUAGCACUUACAAUAUAUUAUAACGACUCAUACAUACAUUCGUUGCCGAUAAUAUUGAAUUCUAUCACUAGCACCUUACUUGGAGAUCAAAUUGAUAUCAAAACAGAACCGUUUAAAAUGGAAUACAAGCAAAACGAGUACAGCUUUAGUCGUUGUUCAUCUGCAUUCUUCUUAGGCAUAGUAUUUGUUUUAGUUCCAGUGAGUUUAUCUGCUGAUCUUGUUUACGAUAGAGAGAUUAAAGCCAAAAACCAACUUCGUAUCAACGGUGUAACCUUUAUGCAAUAUUUCAGUUCUUAUUUUAUUCUUUUAAUUUCAAUGUUGCUAGGCAUAUUCUUUAUACUUAUAAUUCUUAUCGCUUUAUUCCACGUUGAAGGUUUGGAUACUCCUUUUGCAAUAACAACUAUGAUAAUAUUGCUUAUAGCAUAUUGCCCCGCUGCAAUAUUAGCUACUGCGUGUGUAUCAUAUUUUUUUGAAAAAACUGAUUCAGUACAGUCUAUACUACCAAAUGUGACGUCACUAAUUGGUGGUGUACCGUUUAUAAUAGUAGCUUCACUAGAUAUGCUGGGUAUAGUUAGUGAUUUAGGAUUUGCACUUCACGUUCUAUUUUCUUCAACAAAUUUCGUCUACGUGCCUUUUGCCAUAAUUUACUUCGUAAAUAGUGUGUAUCGAGAAAACGAUGAUCAUGCCCCUUUUAUAAAAUAUGUUAAUAAAGAAAUAGUUGCAAUUUUAAUGGGUUGCAUAGGCCAGAUUCCAGCAUUAUGGGUUGUUUUGAAGAUAUUAGAUUCUAAAUCAAAAAAUAAAAGAACCUCAACAAUUACUAUUGAUACCCUAGAUGAGGGUGACGAUGAUGUAAAAGCUGAACGGAGAAAAGUAAAUAGUAUUGUCAACGAUCAAGUGGAUUGGCCAGUAAUUGUUGUCCAGAAUUUAAAAAAAGAGUUCACAACUCAAAAUAUGAACUCAAGUAUAAAUUGUCUAAUAAAAGAAAAAGAAACAAAUACAAAUGAUAAGAAAAAACUUGCAAUCCGAAAUCUAUCAUUAGCUGUAAAUUCAGGAGAAGUUCUUGGAUUGCUAGGUCAUAAUGGUGCUGGAAAAACUACAACUAUGCGUAUUAUCACCAUGGAAGAAAAGGAAUCAACAGGAAAAAUAUUUAUUAAAGGACACGAUAUUCAAGAAUCUGUCGAUAUUGCAUAUAGAAUGAUUGGAUAUUGUCCUCAACAUGAUGCCUUAUGGAGUUCAUUAACUAUCAGAGAACAUUUACAGGUAUAUGGUGCUAUUCGAGGAAUCUCAAAAGAUCAAAUUAAAAAUAUUGUUGAGAAAUAUAUUGAAGGCCUUCAAAUAACUGAACAUGCAGAUAAACAGGUGAGUUGUUGUUCAGGUGGCACAAAACGAAAAUUAAGUUUUGCUUUAGCGAUGAUUGGAAAUCCUAAGCUGGUAUUGCUAGACGAGCCUAGCACUGGUAUGGAUCCAAGGUCAAAGAGAUAUUUAUGGGAUGCUAUAAUUAGCAGUUUCCAGGGAUCUAAAGGUGCAAUAUUAACCACACAUUCUAUGGAAGAGGCAGACGCGUUGUGUUCUAGAGUUGGAAUAAUGGUUAACGGUCAACUCAGAUGUUUGGGUUCUACUCAGUAUUUAAAAAACCUUUAUGGCGCUGGAUAUACAUUGGAAAUAAAAUUAAAGCCACGUGGAGACAUGGAUGAUGUUAAAAGUUUCGUAUUAACAUCAUUUCCAAAUGCGAUUCCUGAAGAAGAAUUUGCUGAUCGAUUAGUUUUUGGAGUUCCUCAAUCUACAGUUGAAUCAUUAGCACUUUGUUUUUUGAAUCUUGAAAAUGCAAAAACUAUGUACGACAUUCAAGAGUAUAGCUUCAGCCAAACAACUUUAGAACAAGUAUAUUUGAAAUUCGCACAUUAUGAAGAUACAGAAGUAUCUGAAAACAUUACAGUGUAA